AUGGACCCAUUAUCUAUAGCCAGCGGGUGUGCAGGUCUUGUUUCGGCCAUCGGCUCGCUCUCCUUUUCUAUUCAUGCUUUCGUACGAACUUGUCGCGAAGCCCGAAGUGAUCUCGAUCGGGUAUCGCGAGAGUUAUUGUCUCUGCAGACUGUCCUUGAACUUAUUCAGGAAGAUGUCACGGAUGACACAACGGCGUUUCCACAAACACUGGAACGGCACGUCUCGGGUAUCGUUUUGAACUGCAAUUCGGUCGUCACCGAGAUACAAGAGUGCAUUACCAAAUACUCUAGCGACAAUCGCCUCAAGAUCAAGGCAUCAUGGGCCAUCAAUGGACAAGGAGACGUCGCAAAAUUGCGUUCAAGUCUCGAAGCACAUAAGGCGGCGCUGGAGUUGGCCCUGGACAUGUUUGCGCUGCACCUAGCCAAAGAUAUAAAAAAUGACACAGCCGAGAUCCGCAACGAUACUACAGCAAUAAAAGAGGACACGGCACAGAUCCUCGCGGAGAUCGCUCGACUUCAAGAACGCCUCCCCAAGCAGGUUGAAAAUGACUACAUUCUGCAGCAUUUUCUGGAGGAAAUGACUACGUAUACAGAGCAGACUUUGGAUAGGCCCUACAGCGAUGGGCGAAGUCCAAGUCCUACAUUUCUCCGACCAGAUUUCGAUCCACCAGACGAUGUUUACUUGGAGGAUUCGGAACGAACAGCAGUCAGCCGCCCAGAAAGUCCUUGGAAUCAAGCGAAUGAAUUACAGCAGCAGAAUCUGCCCACCACCGAAUCGACCGUGCAAGCUGGCAGAUCAUCACCGGAGGGUAUGCAGGGGCAUGGUACCUCCUCUGAUAACGAGCAGGGUCUUCAGGAUAUUGGGCUAGUCAAUCACGAAGGCCCAGCUCCCACCGAUAACCACACACCAACCAGCCUUCACACCCACGCAAUAUAUUCCUCACGGUCAGAUGUCUCCAAAUCGUCAAUAAAUAACCCAAAUCUGCUACGGAUAGAGACCGUCGAAGAAACCAUUCGUCGCCUAACAUUCCCCGAGCUUAAUGCUCUCGAGCGAGAGAGUAAUAAGAGGGAGGGCCACCGCGAUUCUUUCUUACCCACCACAUUAAUACCGAAGGAUGAGUCAACCCCCAACCGCCGGCGGUCGUCAGGUCAGCGGAGUGAAACAAAGGAUCGGCGUAACAGAGGUGCCCGUCACGUUCUGAAAGCCAACUCUAAUCUGAGCCGGGAUUCUGUGGAAGACAAGUAUUACAAAUACGAGAAUGAGCCAUUUAAACCUAAGCGAAAUGGCGGUGAUGCGCUUAAAGCGCCGCCAAAGCCAACGGAGGAAGAGGUUUGUCUCAGCUACUACGAAGGCACAACUCGGGGAAGAACACUAGUGAUUAACUACCCAGUCGCUACAUCUAUUCGUGACAAUCUCCGCGAUCAAGAUUGCUACGAGUCUACCCAUACCCGCUUCACUGCCAUUGCAUGUACUCCUAGGGGACUCGAACAGCUGAGACACCCAUUCCGUCCAAGACUGUUCGCAAAACCGAGGCACGUUGCUAUAGUGUUUGCACUGGAAGUUACCGGAAGGACCACUUACGAGAAGUUUAUGCAUAAAUGGAAUUUUGCUGCAACCGCGAUCUCGCAGGCAAGACUAAGGGUGGAGGCCUUGAGAGAACAUCUACCACAAGAUUACUUUCUCCCUUGGCAGCAUACUAUUGUUCUGGUCCAUUUCCCUUCAAAUUCUCAACCAGUUUCUCCCGAGGUCAGAGACUUUAUGACAGGUCUAGGCGUACAGCACCAUUGCGAUGACCUAAUGAGUAUGAUAGGUCAAACUUCUUUGAAUCCACCUUUACCAGAAGAUCAGAUGCAAAGGUUUCGGGAAAGCAUUACGGCAACUAUACAUGAGGUUGGUUACUACACACGAGCAAAUUUCAGUUUAUAUGCUGAUACACAUCCAGUACACCGUGCAGCCAGCGGCUAA